ACUCGCUUUGCGACUCGAACUCACGUUGAGAAACUGUAUGUGAAAAGAGAGAGUGUGUGUGAGAGAGAGGGGACGGAGUAAAGAGUUAGUGAGAGGGAGAAUAUUUCCACCAUCUGAAGACUUUUAGCAUUUAAGCAUCAGCAUCAGAGCGCAAACUUCAAAGGAUUAUUUCUAUUUCAGACAUUUAUUUCUGUACUUUAGGACAUUUUUAAUUUUUAUUUAAGUAAAAGAGAUUAGAAAAUAAUAUAAGUUCACUAGUUUUGGGGGAGUUUUUUGUUUCAAAGGAUUCUACAUUUUCUUACUGAAUCUUUCAGAUAAAGUCAGUUAAUAACUUAAAAUAUAUUCUUAAUAAUUUUUGCUGUGAUUGCUCCCCUCGUGAUUUGUAAAAUUAGACCAAUCCAACACGAAUCCUGUUAAAAGAGAUUAGGUUCUAAGCAAUUUUACAGUAUAACAGUAUAAUUAUAAUAAUUGCUUUAAAUUAUAUCAAAAUGAGUUUAUUUAAUCUUUAUCAGUAUUCCAUUUCGUUCAGUUUUUUUCCAGCAUUCAAAUAAUUAAAAAUACGUAACUUUAUUGCUGCUUUCUUUACAAAUUUUACGGGAAUAGAAGGUAAAGAACAUCAGUUAGCCAACGUUUCAUACGUGUAUCAGUUGUAGCCUCUAACUGCAAACAAUAUAUUUUAUUUAUUGCGAUAUAUUUAAUAGCGUUUAAUACAUUUUCUAAGUCACUAUCGUCGUUUUAGUCGCCUAUAAUUUAUCCUUUCACUGUCAUUACUUCAUUAUUUCGUUUAAAGAGUCACUGUCGCCAACUACAGCUCAGUCAUCAUGCUUUUUGAAAGUUUUGACCUUGUGUCGGCUCUGGCGACACUUGCGGCUUGUUUGGUGUCAAUGGCUCUGUUGCUGGCGGUGUCCCAGCAGCUGUGGCAACUGCGAUGGACCGCGACCCGGGACAAGAGUUGCAAACUACCCAUGCCCAAAGGCUCAAUGGGAUUCCCCAUCAUCGGAGAGACCUGCCACUGGCUUUUUCAGGGUUCGGGGUUCCAUGCGUCGCGGAGGCAGAAGUAUGGGAAUGUGUUUAAGACCCACCUGCUGGGACGGCCCCUGAUCCGGGUGACGGGCGCAGAGAAUGUGCGGAAGGUCCUGAUGGGGGAACACAGCCUGGUGACGGUGGACUGGCCGCAGAGCACCAGCACCCUGCUGGGCCCCAACAGCCUGGCCAACUCCAUCGGAGACAUCCACAGAAAGAGGAGAAAGGUUUUUGCCAAGGUGUUCAGCCACGAAGCCCUGGAGAGCUACCUGCCCAAGAUCCAGCAGGUGAUCCAGGAGACGCUGCGGGUGUGGAGCAGCAACCCCGAGCCGGUGAACGUUUACCGGGAGUCCCAGCGGCUGUCCUUCCACAUGGCCGUGCGCGUCCUCCUGGGCUUCAGGGUCUCUGACGAGGAGAUACGCCACCUCUUCAACACCUUCCAGGACUUUGUGGACAACCUCUUCUCCCUGCCCAUAGACCUGCCCUUCACCGGGUACAGGAAGGGCAUUCGCGCGCGGGACACUCUGCAGAGGUGCAUUGAGAAGGCCAUCCGGGAGAAGCCGCUGCGCAGCCAGGGGAAGGACUACUCCGACGCGCUGGACGUGCUGAUCGAGAGCGCCAAGGAGAACGGGGCGGAGCUCACCAUGCAGGAGCUGAAGGAGUCGACGAUCGAGCUGAUCUUCGCCUCCUUCGCCACCACGGCGAGCGCCAGCACGUCGCUGAUCAUGCAGCUGCUGCGCCACCCGGCGGUGCUGGAGAAACUGCGCGAGGAGCUGCGCAGCCGGGGCAUCCUGCACAACGGCUGCCUGUGCGAGGGCGAGCUGCGCCUCGACAACAUCUGCGGCCUCAAGUACCUGGACUGCGUCAUCAAGGAGGUGCUGCGCCUCUUCACCCCCGUCUCCGGGGGAUACCGCACUGCCGUGCAGACCUUCGAGCUCGACGGAGUGCAGAUUCCUAAAGGCUGGAGCGUGAUGUACAGCAUCCGGGACACCCACGACACCUCGGCCGUGUUCAAGGACGUGGGCGCCUUCGACCCGGACCGCUUCAGCCAGGAGCGCAGCGAGGACAAGGAGGGGCGCUUCCACUACCUGCCCUUCGGCGGCGGGGUGCGCACCUGCCUGGGCAAGCAGCUGGCCACCCUCUUCCUCCGCAUCCUGGCCAUCGAGCUGGCCAGCACCAGCCGCUUCGAGCUGGCCACCCGGACUUUCCCGCGCAUCGCCACCGUGCCCGUCAUCCACCCCACCGACGGCCUCAAGGUCAAGUUCUACGGGCUGGACUCCAACCAGAACGAGAUCAUGGCCAAGACCGACGAGAUUCUGGGCGCAACCGUCUGAUUGGCCGGGAGGAGGGGAGUGAGAGAGAGAGAGAGAGAGAGAGAAAGAGCGUAUGGCUGGGCGAGAGAUGAGUGACGGCAGUGCUGUUUACCAUUUUUGCCCCCCCAUUGAAGUUUGAAAGACAUUUUUUAUUAUUAUAUUAAUUAUUAUUGUUUUGUGGACAUUCUUGAGAGAUAAGAGGAAAAGAAAAGAAGCUGCCAAAUAUGUAUAGUCUUUAUUCUUUUUCUAAAAAAACUAUCAAAAUAACAAAAAAAAGCAUAAAAAAAGAAAAGAAAGUAAUGUAAUGAGAAAAUGCACAAUGAGGCAUAGACCCCAGGAAUGUCAGAAGUGGGCUUGGGGACCAGGGUAGGGGGUGGUGGGGGGGGGGGGGAGUACAGGUAGAGCAGGAAAUGGGAGGGGGAAGGGAAAAACAGGGUAAAGAGAUUUAUCAUUUUGGGGGAGCUAGUUCCUCUCCCUUUCACUAUCCUGACCUGGAGCGCAGGGAUGAAGGAACAGAUGACUAAAAAACAAAGAAAUAGAAAGAGAGUGAGUGAGAGAGUAAGAACGAGAGAAAGAGUGGGUGUGAGAGACAGGAAGAAAGAAAGAUAGAAAGUAGGGAAGAUAGAAGCGCUGGAGCAAACUGAGGGCAGUCUGCAAACUCAGGUGUGAAAGGAAGACAGAUAUUUUGGAAAAAUCAUGUAAACUUUUGCCUUCUCGUGCACAUAAGAGACAAUUAAUCACCUAUUCCUUUCACUUAAAAUCUCUUCAGUCUGUGCUCUAUUGCCAUGAUGUCACGCGGAGAUAUAUCUGUCGGCUGCGAACUGUGUAUCCAACGACUGUCUGGACACAAGCUUCCCAGGCAGCGUGAAUCAUUUCCUGCUGCUCACAGAAGGAACCCCAAACCUGCUGCUUAAGGGGGUUCCUUUUGGAGCGCAGUGGAGCCAGAGACAACGGACUCUGAUGAGAACAGACAAGUACCUUUUUUAUUUCCUGCUGCUCCGGUUUUCAACACUAAAAUGCAAAAUUUAAAAGGAGAAUCUAAAAAAAAGUAGAAAAAAAGAUUUAUUAGAUGAAACAGGGGUCAUUGCACAAUCAAAUAUCAAACAAAUUCCGAUGCCGGGACAUUCCAAGAGGAAUGGGACUGUGUGAAGAAGCAUCCGACAGGUUUUUGUUCUGUUUUUCGUAAUGAAAGCCUAUGAUGCAAAUGGUAUUUAAGUCGAGCCCAGGUUUAAUCCGGGGCACUAGGACCCUGAGAAGAACCCGGCUCCUAUGCGGACGAGGAAACUUUGGAGAAAUUUUUAUAUUAAGUUUUUUAACAGAUGAUGUUUAAGAGACAAACAUUUUAUCUGUGACAAACAACACCACUGUUUAUGUUUUAUAAUGAAAUUAUAAACAAAUUAAUUCUGCUGCUUCUGUGUACAUUUGUCUAACAGAGUUUUAGCUUGCUACGAUAGUUUGCAAGUGAGAUGUGCAGUUUUUUAACGUGAAAACUUGCAUUUGUGAAAGCCACAAGAGAUGGAUAUGACACAUUUUAGAAAGCCAUGGAGUAACGCAUAUUUGCAUUGUCUAAUAACCUAAUAUUAUUGUUAUUAUUAAUAUUAUUAUUGUAAUAAAUAUUAUUUUAAGUGCUAUUUUUGUUAUAUUUCAGAAUAGAGUUUUAGUAUAAAUAAAGUCUGUUGGUAAAUAUUGUUAUAUUUAGUAUGAUAUGGAUUUCAGUUAUAUUGAAAACAGUGUUUUGUUGAUAUUUUCUGUUAUUGUAAUAAUUAUUAUUGUAUUAUCACCAUUGCAUUCAUUUAAUGUUAAUAGAAAUAAAAAUAAAAAACAGAAGCACUUGCGAAGUAUGUUUAUAUCGAAUGCCAUGUGGCCGCGGGGUCCGUGCUGUGUUGAUAGCUGAGUGACUGUCUGUCUGUAAAUAAUAUUUUAUUUCUUUCUACAGAUCCACUUUUCACUUUUCACCUAGAUAAAUAUCAAUGUUAUCCCCCCCCCCCCCCCGAACUCUCUGUUAUCGUGAUCUUAAAUGCACUUGGCAAUUUUAUAAACUCCUGUAAUAAACUGUAAAGAAAAAUACACACAACCACAA